CUUGGUUAGUAUCUCCUAUUUUUGGCGGUGGUGUUGAAAGUUGUAUUUCUCAUGACUGAUACUAGUACUGUUGAUCCGCGGAACUUGCUAUUGUCAUUGUUAGUGGUAGUAGAUGUUUUUGGAAUGCUUGAAGAAUAGACGCAUGUUGCAGAUCAGUGCUUUUGUUAUGAACAAUGUAUGAGGUGUCAUCUGUAUGAUUUUACUGCUUAUAGUUAAAAAUAAUACCUUGAAGGGCUUUCCUGUUAUGAAAUACGGAGUAUCAAAUAAAUUUUAAUAGCAUGGAGAAGAUAAUGAUAAUUUAUCCAUUUAAAGUAAAGUUGGGUAUAUUCUUUAUGAUGUAAAAUGCCAGUCCACAACUGAAGAGAAAUACAAGCUGUGUUAAGGAGCUUAAAUUGCUGUUGGAGAUCUACUGAAAGAAGUUUCGUCACACUGUAAUACAUUCUGUGGUAUUAAUUGUAGAGACAAUGUUAAUCAGUGUUAUAUGGGUCAUGGUGAGUCUUGGAGAGAAAUGGUACUGUCUACAAUUAUCCAUCUGUAAUACUUGUAUCAAACUUUAAUUGUCUAUGGUUGAUGUACAAUCAUGGACACUUGACUGAACUUCGAUGGUACAAUAAGCAUGUUCAUCAAGUGACCCUUCAUGGUACCAUCAUGGUAUCUUCCAUAAACUUUUAGCGUGGAAAACUGUCAAUUUUAAAACGCAAAUUGAGUUGAUAAACUAGCACAAAAUUCGUCAUUCAAAACUCUCAUUGUCAGCAGCGUCAAGUUACAGACACAAGAUUAAUCUUUGUCAUCUUUCCGUCCCAGAUGAUGGUGGUGGUGGUGGUGGCCACGGUGGCAAUGGCCAUGGCUUACCCAGACCCUGUGAGUCAGUAUGGAUACGGUGGCGGUAGAUUCGGCGGCGGAUUCGGCGGCGGAUUCGGCGGAGGAUUUGGUCGUGGUGGAUUUGGUCGUGGCGGAUUUGGUCAUGGUGGAUUCGGUGGCGGUAGAUUCGGAGGCGGCUUUGGCGGUCAUCAUGGCGGCUUUGGUCAUGGUUAUGGUGGUGGCUUCGGCAAGUAGAGAGGCAGUUGGGCGGCUGGACGGACACAACAACGACACCUGACCCUGAGAAUGACCCCAACAACGAGCCUCGUCUACUGGCGACACACCUGAUGGCCAACUUGUAAACAUCUGCACUAAAGUUAUCUCUCACCAACAUUUAUGAAUAAUAAAUAGAGUCAAACAGA